AUGAUUUAUUUAUUUCUUUUAUCUUAUACUUUUAUUAAAUGUUCUAAAUUUCUAUUUUCCUUUUCUUUCACUUUUCUGGUGCUUCUCUCAGCCGCCUUACAUAUCUUUAAAUUUUUCUUUACUCUAUUUGUAGCCUUAUCCAUUUUUAUUAACAGAAAAGUCUAAAAGAAAAAUAAUUUAAUCUUAUUUAAAGUUUGUAAAUAAUCGAUGCUCAAUUUACUAGUAAACUAUAUAGAGUAUAUACAUUAAUUAUUUUUAUAUUUUGGUUUGAUUUUAUUUGAUCUAUUUAAGUUUUUCAAUUUCUAUUCUAAAAGUCUAUUUAUAUAUUUAUUACAACGUCAUUUAUGCUUCAUUCAUAAGCUAAGUAGCACCAAAAUGUCUAUAAAUAGAUCAUUAAGUCAUAUUCAUAAAAUAAAUAAAAGUCUACUUUAAAAUCAUUUAUAGCGAAGCUUAUUUUCAAAAGUUGAAAUUGUUUUAAGUUGGAUUAUUGCGUAGCUUAAUUACAAAAUUUAAGCAAAAUAAAUAAAAAAUAAGUAAUAUGUUUGUUUUGUAAUAAAUCUUUAUCAUUGA